AUGAAGCGCACGUGGGAGCAGCCGCCGCAGGGAGACGCCCCGUGGGUGCACCUCCCCGCCCACCCCUAUGCCCAGGCCUACUUCACCCCCUCCCCCCUGCACACCUCCACCACCUACCACCCCGCCGCCCCACAGCCCGCCCACAACAAGAGGCAAAAGACAGACACAAAGAAGCACUCCCCUACCAAGGACCCCGACAGCGAGGGGGACCCCGACGACCCCGACGACGAUGACGAGGACGACCCCGAGGACGACGGAAAGCCCGACAAGGGCAAGGGCGCAAACGGCAAGGGCGCAAAGGGGGCCGAUGGCAAGCCAAAGCAAAAGCUGACGAGAGGAUCGAGGGCCUGUAUUGCCUGCCGCAAGAUCAAGAUGCGCUGUAUUCCCGAUGAUUCAUCUGCCGGCCAAGGCAAUGGUAUCUGUAAACGUUGUAAAGCAGGCGGCCAUGAGUGUAUCUUCGAAGAGUCCAAUCGCGGCAAGCGCAGCACCCGCAAGAACGAAGCGCUCGCCGCCAAAGUAUCCAAGAUGGAAGCCGCUCUCAAAAACAUCGGUCUUGUACUGUCGAAUGUCGACCCGAGCACCUUGAACAGUUUCAACUCGGCCUUGCGCUCGGCGACGGACGACCAAGAUGUCAUCAGUAUGAUCACCGCGCACGCAUCCUCGAGAGCGGCGCAGAGGAUGACGGCGGGACAGAGGGGCGCUUUUUCGGGGCACGAUCACGAGGGAGGGCACCAGCCACCGCUCUCCCCGCGGCUGCACUCUUUGCCCGACAAUGUCCUUUCUCCCCUCGGACUCCUCGCCGAGGCGUCCUUGCAGAACGACACGUCGAAACGUAAACUCAUCGACUCUACCGGAGCUGGCAGGUCUAUAUCCCGCCCUCACUCUGCAGAGCAUCUCCAGCCUCCACGCAAUGGGAGCAUCAAUCUGAAUGGCGCAUCGACGUUCCGCAUGGCUACCAGCGAUGUCCGCGGCGGCGGAGAGGGCCACGACGAGGAUGAUCAACUCGGCCAGCAUGGUCUGGGGGUGUCCAGUCACAAUUACUUCAAGCCGGGCACGGGGAAUGUGUCGUUUUUGCCAAACCUGCCGGCAGAGAAUCGGCUGCCAGAGCUCUUGGCGAUUGCCACUAGGGAAGAGAUUGGAGAAUUGUUCGAUAUUUUCUUCGACAACAUGGGCAGUCACGUACCAUUGGUUUACAAGGAGUUUCACACUCCCGAUCUCGUCCUCCAACGGUCCCAAUUCCUCUGUACAGUCAUAUGCGCCAUCGCCGCUCGUUUCUACCACAAAAAGCCCGAGCUCCACCAUUCUCUUUCGGCAUACGCCAAGCGCCUUGCUUUCGAAGUCCCUUCAAGAGGCUACAAGAGUGUUGAAGUGGUGCAAGCGUACCUACUCUUGUCUCUCUGGACGCUUGGGCCCGAAAAGACGUUUGAGCAGGAUAGGACGUGGUUGAUGCUCGGUAUGGCCAUCCGUAUGGCUACCGAUCUCAAUCUUCACCGAAAAUCCAUCAUGUCGGGGCUCGAUACAGAAGAAGGCCGCGCAAGAGACUUGGAGAUUAUCAACCGCGAAAGAUGCUGGUUGCACUGUUUCGUCCUUGAUCGGUCGCUCUCGGCGCAAAUGGGCAAACCAUAUAGUUUGAAGGAGGAUUAUAUCAUCCGGUCGUCGUGCGAGGCUACCUGGGCCCAGCAAGCGUAUAGUCUGCCCUCUGAUGCGGCGUUGUCGGCGUAUGUGAUGCUGCAGCAGAUCAUGAGCCGGGCGAUCGACAGUAUCUAUUCGUCUACCACGACCGUCUCGGGGCUGAGGGACGAUUGCGAUUACAUGAUGAUUGUCCGAUCGGCGCACGAAGAGCUCCGGCGCUGGCUUUCCGACUUUUCCCGCUCCAUGGACAAUGGCGGUGGCACUUCGGAAUGGAGCAGUCGUGCCAACUUCUACUUUGCAUACUCUUCUCUGGUGCUCUACUCGUUUGGAUUGGAGAAUGCGCUGGAGCGGGCCAAGAUGGACAUCUCGUUCUUCCUGACGAACGUGUAUGAGGCUGCUACGAAGGUGUGCACGGUCGUCAAAGAAGAGUUCAUGCCCCGCGGCUGGCUUCCUUACCUUCCCGACACCAACUUUGUCAUGUGCUCCUAUGCUCUCCUCUCCCUCCUCAAACUGCUCAAACCCGAGCUCCGGCCCUAUCACGACUCUGAAGACGCCAUCUUCAAGCUCGUCUCCGAAUUGGCGGACGUCCUCGAAGAGUGUGCGGUCGACCCGUCGCAUCAGCCAGCCAUCUAUGCGGCCUUCAUCAGGGAGAUUGUAAGAAAGACCAAGGAGCUGAGGCAUGGAGGCGCGGGAACGGUGCCGAGCAGUCCGGGCCACCAUGGUCAGGGCCAUGGGCAGGGACAGCAUGCCAUCGCAGCGCACAUGACGCACUUGGCCGCCAGCCAAGCGGCUUCCAUGGCUGUCUUGAACGAGGCCGGCUCUGCUGCUGCUGCUGGUGACAAUGCCCAUGGACACCAAGAUGGAAAUGUUGAUGGGCAGCAUCACUUUGAUCCGUCUCUUAUGGGCCAGGGGGCGAAUUGGCACCACGAUGUGCUCAGCGGGCAGGAAACGCAAUUCACCUUCAUCCCGCAAGGCGGCGAUAUGCUCAUCCUCCCCUCGCAAGCCGGACCUUCCAUCGCCCCGUCCCCAACAUCCGCCUUCCUCGCCAACCCUGGAUCUUCUCAGUCCAACGCCAACCCCGGAUCUGCGCCUAGUUCAGGCGGCAACAUGCCUGCGGCGGGCCAGAGCCAGGGAGGGACGGGUACGACUCCGCACUUUGGGACACCUUCUGCAAAUGGGUGGGCAGAGUAUAUGCCUACGUUCAUGAGCUCGGACGGGUUUGAUGGGUGGGAUGGAUCGAUGUUGUUGCCGGGUUUCGGAAGGGGGCAGAUCACGUUGAGUGGUGGAUUGUUGCAUAGUCAGUAUGGGAGUGGUAUCAUGACGCCUUUGCACCAGACACCUCUACAAAGUAGGAUAGGGAGCAGGGCUGGGAGUAGGGCGCAGUCCCCUCACCAUGAUCGCCACUGA